GAAGUACAGUUUUUCACGCCAAACUUGAAACUAAAAUUAUCUCGAUGUUAUACGUAUUGUCUUAAAAUGCCACCAAAAAUGAAAUUUCAAGAAGGGGAGAAAGUUCUCUGCUUUCAUGGACCUCUACUAUAUGAAGCAAAGUGUGUCAAAUUUGAAGUCAAAGACAAAGUGAAUCAAUACUUUAUACACUACAAUGGAUGGAACAAAAAUUGGGAUGAAUGGGUUCCAGAGAGUCGAGUUUUAAAGUACAAUGAUACAAGCAUGCAGAAACAGAAAGAAUUGCUGAAAGCUCAUGUGGGCAAAGGAAGAAGCAAAACCAGGGUAAAGGAAAAAGAGAAAGAAAGGGCAUCCACUCCAACGGAGAGAGGAUCCAAACAGAAAGGAACAGCCUCCAGUGCCUCGGGGUCAGCGGCUAGUUCACAAGAGUCCUCCACAGCUAGUAUCCCCAACCCCUCUGGCCCCUCUGACUCCAAACGCAAGAGAACACGCAACGACACUGAGUCAGCUCCAAGUACCCCCUCACAAGAGACGAAGGACUCCACACCCUCUGGUACACCGGCCACCAGCACCCCCACCCAGGGCGAGACACAGAAGAAACGAGGUCGGCCGGGGAACAGUACACCUGCUGCAGCAGCUUCAACUCCAACCACAGAGACUGGGCCAGCCACCCCUGCACCUGGUCCCGAAUCUACCCCAAGCACGCCUUCAACACCAGUGACCAGUGAACCAGCAAAGAAACGGGGACGACCACCAGCUACAGCUGUCACAGACACAUCAUCUCAAGGAUCUCAUGAAUCAACAACCUCAACAGGGACAGGGACCCCUUCCACAGAACAGAAGAGGAAACGGCCCAGACCAGAUCCUACGGUAGAAUCGGAGGAGUCAUUCCUAGCCAAGAUAGAGGUAAAAAUCAAGAUUCCAGAGGAACUCAAGCCUUGGUUGGUGGAUGACUGGGACCUCGUCACACGGCAGAAACAGGUAGUUUCUCUGCCAUGUAAGAUGUCGGUGGAUAACAUAUUGGAUGAUUAUGUGCGCACAAAAUCUGCAAAAGCCAGCAAUGUAAAUAAAGAUGCAAUUGUAGAGGUCACACAAGGUAUUAGAGAAUACUUCAACGUCAUGUUAGGUACUCAGCUGUUGUACAAGUUUGAGAGACCACAGUAUGGAGAGAUUAUGAAGGAAAAUCAAGAUACUAGUAAACCAAUGAGUGAGAUCUAUGGGGCCGUCCAUUUGCUAAGACUUUUUGUUAAACUUGGAGGAAUGUUGGCUUAUACAUCUUUGGAUGAGAAAAGCAUACAACUUUUACAGAAUCAUCUGCAUGACUUUUUAAAGUAUAUGCAGAAAAAUAUGUCCACUUUAUUUUCCCUUAAUGACUACAUUGUGGCACCCCCAGAGUACCACCGUAAAGCAAUAUAACCCAUUAUUCACCUAGCCUGGAAGUGAUAUCAUGAUGGAAUAGUGGGACAAUUGUUGAUUACAGUUUUACCAUUUACAUGUAUUUUGUGAGAUUUUUAAAACAUAAACAAUUUAGAUAUGUUUACAACAUACAUGUUUGUUGUACAUGUACGUUUAAAAAAAAAAACAUGGCAUUAUUUGAGUAUGCUUUGAUUUUGAUGAACAUGUACUUGUAUUAUUACCAGAGAACUAAUGUAAGAGAAAUUUUACAUCUCGUUGCUUGAUUUUUAUGGUCACAUGUGUGAAUGAUGCACCAUUGUUGAUGAAAGAAGGAUAUUAAUUUUUUUGUACAGACACCACAUUUGAAUCGGGGCAAAAAGUGGUCCUGGAUCCAAUAUGGUUUUGGAUUUUAGAGGUACACUGUCACUUGUUUACAUAUAUUAAUAGUUCACAAUCAUACAGUAGCUAUUGGUUGGGCAAAACCAGCAUAGUUCAUAAUUCGAUAUAUGUUACUGGUUGCAUUCAGUAAAGAUACAUGCAAAUAAAAGUGAAAAUCCAAAA